AUGCUGGCGAAGCACCAUGAUAUGAAGCAGCCUGGCAGUCCCGCGAGCUCGGUGUGGAGCGAUGACGGCUCUGAGAGCGGCAAGAGCAACCGCCUGCCUGGGUUUGCAGUGCCUAUGCAGAGCAGCCUGCUCAAGCGCAUCAGCUCCUAUAGGACCAAGGAGGAGCUCCUGGAGUUUGUGGCGUCCUACCACAUGCUGCUGGACCCCAUCAACCUCGUGACCUGCCUGUACCGCCUGGCCAAGAUGUCGUUCAGCCAGCGCAGCCGCAACGCGUACCUCACGGAGCUGCAGCGCUCCCCCACCUUCCAGCUGCUUCUCAGGAGCAUCAGCAGCCAGUUCAUGAACAUGCAGUUGCUGUACAUGCAGCACGGCGCCGAGCCGCGUGGCGUGGACGCGCGGUGCCUGGCCAACCUGGUGUGGGCGCUGGCCAAGCUGGACCUGUCGAGCGACGAGGCGGCCCUGUCAACGGAGAUUGCGCUCAACGUGGCGCCCUUUGUGCUGCGCAGCCUGCGCGGCUCGAGCCCGCAGGGCCUGGCAAACCUGCUGUGGAGCUACGCGAAGCUGCCGGUCUGCCCCCCGGAGGUGGUGGCCGCGCUGGUUUCCAAGAUAGCAGCCGAGAUUGCCGCCUCGCUGCGCCCCGGCGCCGACGACGCGAAGCCCUUUGACGCGCAGGCCCUGAGCAACAGCAUAUGGGCGCUCGCGCACCUCAAGUCGCGCGGCAUGGAGCUGGACGCCUUCGGCGGCGCGACGGUCGCGUUCCUGGAGGCGGUCGCGACGGCCGCGACGCGCAUGCUCUCGCGGCUGCAGCAGCAGCUGCUCGCGCUGCCGCGGCCCGGCGGCGCGGCGCCCGACGCCGCGCAGCUGCUGGCGGCGGCCGAGUCGGACUUCAGCUGCCAGGCGCUGGUCAACAUCUGCUGGGCGCUCGCGACGGUCGCCGGCCCGGUGUGCGGCACCCACCCGCCGUUCCGGCAGCUCUUCGCCGUCGUCAACGCGGAGAGCAUCGGCCGCCUCCGCGCGACGGCGGCGCUGCUGCGCACGCGGCAGCCGCUGCCGUACCACGGGGUCGGCGGGUUCAACGAGCAGGCGCUGUCAAACGCGGUGUAUGCCUUUGACAAGGCCGGCCUGCUGCAGCAUGACCUGCUGUCUGCGAUCUUUGACGUGGCCACGCUGCGCCUGCAGCUCGGCGGCGGCGGGGGCAGCAGCGGCCACGGCCACGGCCACGGCCACGGCAGCCACGACGGCGGCGCCGCGCUGACGUUCAAGCCGCAGGAGCUCUGCACGCUGCUCAAGGCGUGCCACACGGGCGCGGCGCCGCCGUGGGCGUUCCUCGCGGUGCUGCUGCGGCUGCUGGCCGCGCACCCGGCCGCGACCGACGGCUGGUCGUCCGCAGAGAAGGCCGAGCUGCAGCGCGCCUACCUCCUGUUUUCGCAGCACCAGGCCGCCGUCGCGCAGGCGCAGGCGCAGGCGCAGGAGGCGGCGGCGGCGGCGCCAGACUUGGCGAUCCUGGCGCAGCUGGGGCUUCUCGAGGCGCAGCAGGCGCAGGCGCACGCGCAGGCGCAGCAGGCCGCCGUCGCCGCGGCGCUCGCGUCGUUCGAGCAGCAGGCGUUUGUGACGGCGGCGCUCCAGCAGCAGCAGCAGCAGCAGCAGCAGCAGCAGCACCGUGCUGGCGCGGCUCGGCCGCCGCCCGCGGCGAUGCCGCCCUUUGGGCCUGGGCUCUCGCCGUUCGGCGGCCGCGCGGGCGGCGGUGCCCCGGCGGCGUUCGGCGCGGACCCGUCUCACGGCUUCACGCUGGAGGUCGCGUACGGCACCAGCAGCGCGGGCACGUCGCCGCGCACGCCGAUCAGCCUGGGCGGCGGCGGCGGCGGCGGCGGUGGCGGCGGCGGUAUUGGCCACCAGCCACACGUGCCAGCGCCGCUGCUACCCCUGCCCGAUGUGGCGACAAACAAGUCCCAACGCGCCCGCCUCGCGCACGCGCCGCCGCAGCAGCAGGCGGUGCUGUUUGCACAGACGCAGCGGCGGCUCGCGGGGGAGGGGCUCGCCACGUCGACGGCGGGGUCGCUCUGGGGCGCCGCGGGCGGCGCGGGCCCGGGCGCGGGCGUCGCGCCCGCGGGCCCGCUGCCUGCCGGCGCCGCGGCCAUGGGCUGA